AGUGACAACACUGCCCAUGCUCUCAGACGACAUAAUAAGACAGAUACAAUGUUGCGUCCUCUAACUAUCUCUAUGCUAUGUAGGCCUACACACACAGCAUAGCACGUUGGUGGGUGUGAAAACUGCGGGCUGAAGUCUACAGCGGCGCUUGCCUGUCAGUGCCAGUGACGUGGAAAGGCAGAAGUCAAGCAACUUCUGAUUUCUCAAGACAAUAGACGAUUCGAAAUAGGUUUUUAUUGUCGACUUGGCUUCGCGGGCAACCUUUAAAAGUGGACCUUAUUGCGCCAGCGAACGAAGGACGUGGCUUCACAGGGAGAGGGGAAAAUGCAAAAAAGCUUGCCAGUUUAUGACAGUGAUGGCUCAACAUUUGCCCCUCUGGUGGUCAUCGAGUUGGUUUCGGAAACCAAAGAGGAAGCCAUCACAUGGUUACUAAACAGGGUCAGAGACAAGCAGCAAGAUGGAGGGGCUGAGCUGCUGGUGGAGCAGCUGACUCCAGGGGCCCAGGGCACAGAGAAGGACAACCCCAAUGUGUAUGUGGUGGGGGCCUCCUGGCAAAGGCUCCUAUACGGAGCUGAGGACGUGGGCCUCUUCAAGGAGUUCAAGGACGGCUCCAUGAGAGGCUUCACGUAUGCCAACAAGCACAACUUCAAAGAGUUCCAAGGUGAUGGGGACGGUUUUCUGAGCAUGGCAGAGUGUCAAUACAUCAUAAAACAUGGACUGGACAACCUGAGGGCUAAGGAUGAGGUCCACGUGCCUGGAUAUCCAAAGAUGAAACUGUAUCCAGGGAAGUCAGUCAUACGCAGAAUGCAAUCAAAGGGGGUCCUUGUCCAAGUUUUCCCUCUGCAUGAGAAGGAGGAACUCAAGAGGCUUUCCUUUUCCUGGUUCAAAAAGAUCAAGUUGUCCUUCCAGCCUCUUGAUGACAUCAGGCACUACUUUGGUGAGGGUAUGGCACUCUACUUUGGUUUCCUGGAGUACUUCACCUUGGCCCUGAUCCCCAUGGCCCUCAUAGGGAUACCAUACUACCUCUUCGACUGGGAGGACUACGACAAGUUCACGGUGUUCGCCGGCUUCAACCUGGUGUGGUGCACAGUGAUCCUGGAGUUGUGGAAGCGCCUCAGCGCUUCGCUGGCGUACGGCUGGGGCACCCUGAGCAGGAAGAAAGCCUUCGAAGAGCCGAGGCCGGGCUUCCACGGCGUCUUGGGCGUCAACCCCGUCACGGGGCGGGCGGAGCCACUCUACUCAAACGCCAAGCGUCAGCUGAGGAUCUACCUGGUGUCUGUUCCCUUUGUGCUGCUGUGCCUCUACCUGUCUCUCUACGUCAUGAUGAUCUACUUUGACAUGGAGGGCUGGGCCUUGAUGAUCCAUGAUGAGGAGCCUACCUUCUGGACGGGACUGCUACUUUUUAUCCCCAGUAUUAUCUACGCUGUAGUUAUAGAGAUCAUGAACCUCAUAUACCGCUAUGCUGCAGAGUUCCUCACUGGCUGGGAAAACCACAGGCUUGAGUCAACAUUUCAAAAUCACCUGGUCCUUAAAGUAUUGGUGUUCAACUUCUUCAACUGUUUUGCCUCCCUAUUCUACAUUGCCUUUGUGAUGCAGGAUAUGGUGCUUCUCAGACAGAGUCUGGCCACGCUGCUGAUAACGUCUCAGAUCCUGAACCAGAUCAUGGAGGCCUUCCUGCCCUACUGGCUCCAGAGGAGGAGGAACAAGAAGGCCCAUAAGAGGAUGAUAAAAACCAUGGAAGACAAGGAGCUGCCCCUCUCUGAGCAGGUCAAGCUGGAGGCAGACAUGAGCACCUACCUGGGAACAUUUGAUGACUACCUGGAGCUGUUCCUGCUGUUUGGCUAUGUCAGUCUGUUCUCCUGUGUCUACCCUCUGGCCGCGGUGCUGGUGGUGCUCAACAACGUCACAGAGGUCUACUCGGAUGCCUUCAAGAUGUGCAAGGUGUUCAAAAGACCCUUUUCUGAGCCUGCAGCCAAUAUAGGGGUGUGGCAGCUUGCCUUUGAGGCCAUGAGUGUGAUCGCCGUGGUGACCAACUGUGCCUUGAUUGGCAUGUCCCCCCAAGUCAAGUCCUAUUUCCCGGAGUCAGAGACACAGCUCAUACUGUGGGUGGUGGGCUUCGAGCACUUCCUCUUGGCCUCCAAGUUCAUCCUGACCUUUGUGAUCCCAGACGUCCCCAAACACAUCCAGAUCAAACUGUCACGUCUGGAGUUUGAGUCCCUGGAGGCUCUGAAGAAAAGGAGCCAGGCCCAUGGGCGAAAAUGCUGGAGGCCUCGGGGAUCCCAAAAACUGCUAAGUGAUGGAGAGAAGAGGCCGAUCGUUCAGAUACUGACAAGACGAAGAUAGGCUAAACUCCAGAUGGAAGAUGCCUUCCAAACAAAGAAAGAUUCACUUCAGAUGGUUCAAAUAGACUGUUUUCUUUACAACACCAAGCUCAAAGCUUAUUUAUGCAUAAAAUAUCAAAAAGUAGUUUUUUAUAUAUAUAAACGGUUUUAUGGUUUUAUGGUUUUAUGCUCUUAGCCUCUGCCCUGUUGCCAGGUAUUUCUGUUUGGUUUGCGGAGUGUAGUGUAUUACCUGCAGAUGUCUAUAGAACAUUACUGUAUGUGAUUGUUUUAAUCAUGAAGACUAGCCUCUAAACUAAAGAUUCAGAUCAGACCAGAGAACAAGACUUUAUGUUAAUGUCCUCCGUAAACCACUGUUAACAUACAUUUGGUACGUAGCAAUGUAUUUAUAAGGCAGGGCUUGACAUUCAGGUCAAUUUGCCAACGGCACACUGGGCCGAAUGAAAGAAAUACUGGCAAGUUUCAACAUCUGUCAGGCAAGCGAAUGAUGCGCGCAUAAAUUCAAUAGCUAGUGAUUUUAUCUUUCAUUUGGGCUGAGCAAGUAGCCUACAGGAUUCAUACAGACAUUGGGAAGUCAAAUUCAAAGAUUUUUUUUUUCAAGCAAUUAAUUGUAGUUUUCAAGGACCUACAUUUUUAUAUUGAAUUGUCAUAGCCUAUAGAAAAAGAUCCCCCAAACAUGUAAGCAAAAAAAGUAUGCAUAACAACUUAGAAUAAUGCAUGUUUUAUUAAGCCUUCCAAAUGGCAUUAUGCAAUGACAUAAAAAUAUUUGACAUUCUAAAACAUGUCAGAAUAAAGCGGACAUUGCCUGACUAAAUAGACUGUAUGUAGAUGCUCCCAACACAAACACACUAAUGAAGUCUGUGGCAGCUAGUCAGUCUCACCAUUUGAAAUGUUGAAGAGUUAUUGAGGGGUUAAUGUAUCAUGUUUUAAAACAAAGUGAGCAAAAAUCGGGUUCCUUUUGUAAUGGAACGAUUUGUAUGGAAGGUGAAGCCAACAUUCCCCUGGUUGUCCUGCUCAUAAUAACUGCACGUGGUUUUACCGCAAAGAGAGCAACAGACUAGCGCGAAAAACAAAUGAAAGCGGAUAGAUCUCGCACAAAAACUGAUCAGAAAUUAUAAUGAUAUAAUAAUUAUAUUGCAGUAAAACUUGUAAAUCGGCUACCUUCAAGGACUUUUCUAGGACCAAAUAGCCCCGAAGAAAUGUCCGAUUAUCAAGUUUUGCUAUUCUAUGAUGACAAUUGCGCAAAGCAAAUAUUCUACAAAGACGGAACUUUUUAUUCCUGGUUUGCAUACCCAUUCUUGCCUUAGCAUUUAUUGGUAUUUAUCAUAACUUUGAAGAUGUUUCCUACAGCAAUCGGUCUUCAGUGAGCUGCUCCACACAACAAUCUCAAACUCGGCUUAAUGUGUAGUUUAUGGCGCGCGUGUGUAAAAUGAUCAAUUUAACGAACUCACAGCUUCAGGAAUCCUUUAUUACAUUGCCUAGAUUAAAUAUAGCAUUUUUACAAUAUUUUUUUUCACUGGCCCAAGUGGCCACUGACCGGGAUGAUCAACUGGCCCGGAGGGUUUCCAAAACCUACCCGGGCCAGCGGCCAGCCCUGAACGUCAGGCCCAGGUUAAGGUGUUGGAUAAUAGGUCAUUGAAGGUGUAUGGAUGCGGUUGAGGGUAUGCUGUGUUACAUAGACUUUUCAUGUUCAUAUGGCCAUUAUGGAAUUGGUGGAGGCGGUUCAGUUUGAGAUAGAUGGCCUAUGGUAAUUAUAUCCUGACAGUAUUCCACCAACAGAUGACAUGAAUUACUUUUCAAAAAUAGGUUUUCACAUUAGACAGAGUUUUAGACCAACAGCUUUGCUUAAAAGCCACUAUAGUCAGUUAGGGGCAGGGCUACAUCCAGUAUCAGUAGGUCUGUCAGAGACAUUAAGUAGAACUACUUUCAAAAUGGAGGACUAAACACGUGAAAGUCUUAGGAAUUCUGGCAUAAUGAUGUGCUCUAUAGCAUUGAGGUCCUUGAAACGUUUACAUAGUAUUGCCAGAGUAUAAUAUAUGCCAUUAAGCAGACACUUUUAUCCAAAUUGACUUAGUCAUGCAUACAUUUUAGUAUGUGUGUCCCCAGCAGGAAUCAUACCCACAAUCCUUGGCGUUGCAAGCGCCAUGCUCUACCGCCUGAGCCACACAGAGCCACACAUCCAGGGUAUUAUCUGAUCCAUAGUGAUACUACACAUGGAGAUAGGAAAGAUCUAAUUAUCUAUGGUGAUGCUUCAGUAUGCUACAGAGAAAUUGUAAAGACUGGAAUGGAAUUAAUGGAACAUAUUGAACACAUGGAAACCAUGUCUGAUUCCAUCCAUUUCAAUGAGCCCAUCCUCCUAUAGCUCCUCCCACCAGCCUCCUCUGUAUCAUACUGAAGCAUGGUAGGCUACGUAAUGUUAAAUACUCCUCACAGCCUGCAACUAUCAUGGUCAUUGUUACUCAGUCUAAUCAAUGACUGUCAAUCAGAAGUAGUGAUACUUAAUUGAAAUGAAUUGAUUUCUUUUUAAGUUGUUUAUGCUAUUAGUCCAUACGCUCUUGAAGACCCCCCUCAGAGCGGGCUUGUGCCUUUGACAUGCGAUGCUGUCAAGAUUUGUUUUAUAUGCUAUUUACUGUACAUACACUCACUACAGUUUGCAAUCACAAUAUCACCAAGUGUAUAAAAAUGGUUCAGAACAGCAUUAUUGAAACCAAACAAACCUAGCAUCCCUUUCCCCAAAUAAAUCUAUACAAAAAUCUUU